AUGUACGUUGGCUUAGUAACUACAUGUGUUGUGCUGUGCACUACCGGAUGUCAGGGAAUGGUUCUAUCCAGGACGAAAGCGUACGAAGAACUUCGUGUUGCCAUUUUGGACGCCGAAGCUGGCUACGGGUUGGGUGGCAAGGUUUUUCUCAACUCGGACGAAUUGCGCGCUGAUGUGAAGCUGAGAGCGAUGAAAAGGGACGAACUGCAACCGUCAGAUCGGGGUCAACCGGUACCGGCAGAAAUGCAUUUCUUUGACGCAAAACCUUUCAUCGAAAACAGCGCCAUGUUUGGUGCGUUAAAGCGGAUGCCCAAAGGUGCUAUACUGCAUCUUCACAGCACGGCCGCAGUUUCGUCUAGGUGGGUUAUUAGCAACUUAACAUAUCGCCACGAAGCAAAGCUAUGUAAUAUAGAAGAUCGGUACUAUUUCACUGUGAGGACGGCUAUCAACUGUCCCGCGAAUCGAACUCGUUUCAUCAGCGAUAUGAGAAAGGAACGCCACCAGGACAUAGCUGCGUUUGACGCAUGGCUGGAAAAGUUGAUCAAUAUGAAGCUGAAAUCCUCGCGACACGGGCACGCUACCAUCGAUGAGCUGUGGAUGGAGUUUGAGAGCUGUUUCGACGCGAUGAAGGGCUUUCUGCAGUACAAACCCUUCUUUGAAGCCUACCAUCGGCAGCUGCUAAAGGAAUUUCACGACGACAAUGUGUACUACCUUGAGCUGCGUACGUCGCUGUUUAAACUGUACGAUGCGGAUGGCAAGGAAUACGGUGCACCGGAGGUGGCGUACAUUCUGCACCGGCUGGUGGAGGAUUUUCGUCGCCAAAACCCAACAUUUCACGGUGUGAAGUUAAUACUGUCCAAGCACAAGAACAUGACCGAUGCAGAGCUCGAGAGUGCGCUAAAGCUGUACGAGAGCUUAAGCAUCACUUUUCCUGGUUUUGUGAUUGGUUUCGAUUUAGUUGGACAGGAAGAUGUGAAUCGAUCUUUGCGAAGCUUUGCCUCAUUACUGCUGCAGCCACCAAUAACAUCGGGGCCACCGAAUUAUUUUUUCCAUGCCGGAGAAAUAGUUGGAUAUUUCUCCGAAGCCGAUGAGAACGUCAUCGAUGCCGUGCUGCUCGAUACUAAACGCAUCGGUCAUGGUUAUGCGCUGAUGAAACAUCCCAUCCUUUGGCACGCUGUACGACGAAAGCAGCUCGUGCUUGAAGUUUGUCCGAUCUCCAACCAGGUGCUGGGACUGGUGCGUGAUCUACGCAACCAUCCGGCCAGCUUUUACGUGGCGCAAAACAUACCCAUCGUUAUCACGAGUGAUGAUCCCGGAUUUUGGGAUGCGGUUGGCGUCACGUUUGACUACUAUUAUGCCUUUCUGGCCAUUGCACCGCAAGCAGGACUCGGCUUCCUGAAGCAGCUCGUGUGGGAUUCUAUCAGAUAUAGUGCGCUUAGUGACGAAGAGCGUCAAAAUAUAACAAGAACUAUGGAGAAGCAAUGGGCUUUAUUUGUGCAAGAAAUGGCAAAGGAUAAAGUUGGGGGGAACUAA